AGGAUGCUGGCCUGUAAUUUUGGGGCCACCCCCCACCAAUUCAAGGUCUAGGUGCGUGGCUGGUUUGUCUGUGGGUGAAUCUAGCCCUAAGUGGGGGGUGCUGUCCCCUGGCAGGCAGGACUGGCCCCAUUGCUCCAUGGCAGAGGUGAUGGAGGGGGCGUCUCACACACACUGACCUCCCCGGGACAGGCCCUGGUUCUGCUCUUCCUGCCGGGGAUCCCCUUCCCGCGCUGCCACCGCUCCCCGACUCCCUCUGCCCUGAUUGGCUCGGGGCUGGCAGCUGCGAGGACGGAGCUGAGCAGAGACAGAGAAAGAGAGAAGUGGGCAGAGAGAUUGACGGCCUGGGAGGAACCGAGAGCACAAGUGUGCAACCCUGGGCCCCUCGUCCUGCUGCCCGGACAUCUGCCUGAGUCCCUAUUCCCUUGCUGGGAUGCUGCUCCCUCUGCUGCUCCUCCUCUGGGCAUGGGGGGCUCUGGCCGCCUCCCCUCCUGUCCCCCCAAGGUCUCUCACCCUACGGCUGCUCCAAACCGUCAUCUUCCACAACGCCAACUCCACAGACAUAGUGGGGACAGCCCUGGUUGGCGACCUGGAGACCCACUCCCUGGACUGCAGCCCCUGCAAGAUCCGCUUCCUGCAGCCCUGGGCCCAGCAGGGCCUCACCCCGAAGGAGUGGCAGGACCUGGAGACGUUGAUCUAUACCUAUCUGUCCAACUUCAUCUAUAUGAUGAAUGAUCUGGUUAAGGAAGAAGGAGAGGGCUACCCCUUUGUUACCCAGUUCACCGAGGGCUGCGAGCUCCACCCCAACAACACCUCGAGGCAAUUCUGUGAUGCUGGGAUGACCGGGGAGGACUUCGUCAGUCUUGACAUGGAUACUGGCAAAUGGGUCACUCGGCGGGGGGAUAAGCUGACACUCAAAACCCAGGAGAUUCUUAACUAUAACAGAGCUGUGGCCAUUGCACUUCGGUUUCUCCUGAGAACGUGUGUCAAUGAACUCAAGAGCUUUGUCAAGCAUGGGAAAGAGUCUCUGGAGAGGCAAGAGCGGCCGGUCGCCGUGGUGUUUGCCCGAGCGCCUCCCCCAGCCGGGACCCCCGCGCCGUUAUUGCUGGUUUGCCGGGUCACCGGUUUCUACCCCCGGCCCAUCCGCGUGGCCUGGCUGCAGGACGGGGAGGAGGUGGUGCCGGGCGGGCAGCUGAACUCCAGCGGGAUCCUGCCCAACGCGGACCUGACCUACCAGCUGCGCAGCUCCCUGGCCGUGGAGCCGGGUGAUGGGCACAGCUACGCCUGCCGGGUGGAGCACAGCAGCCUGGGGGGCCAAAGCCUGCUGAUCCCCUGGGGGCAGAGCAGGCGCUGGAGCCCCGGCCUGGCCGUGGGCAUCAUCCUGGGGGUUGUGGCCGUAGCCGCCGUGGCCGUGGUGCUGUGGUGGAGCAGACGCAGAAGCACAGACUGACUCUGCCAGGGGCAAGAGGCUGGCUGGGGUCGGGGGCUGCGUGCUCGGGUUGGUCUUCAUGGUCCUGGGAUUGCUCGUCUACCUGAGGAAUAAGAAAGGUGAACGGCUCAGGGAUGGGGCCGGCACUCCAGGAAAUGAGUCCCCAGUGGGGUCAUGACACAGUGGCACUGGAGGAUUUCGCUAGAAUUUUGAUUGACCACAAUUUGCUUUAGCUUCCCCUUCAGGCUCGAAUCCGAUUUUCUAGUGACCCAGGAACUUCCUGCCCAUCUCUCGGCCCAUGUCCCGGAAGUGCAGAGCUAAUCCCAGCCCCUGGCUUCCCAUGCAUCUGAGUCCGACCUUUCAGAUUGUGAGCUACAGUUGUGGCCUCCUGGCCUCCCCUCCACUUCUCCUCCCCUGGAACACCAUGUUGUUACAGACCCAGUUGAAGUGUUCGCAAAUCAGUCAGUUCCUCUCUAGUUAUGAAACAAAUACACUUCCCCUUUGAAAAAUAUGGAGACCAAACUCACUUGAGAAAAACACAAGAAACUGACGAACUCUUGACCCUGAAUUAUGAGAUUUAUUUAUGCUACCCUCUAAGCUGCUUCCCUUUUUGCCUAAACGUGGGAAACAACGUGCGAUAAGUUGCAGGUCGAAGACCUGCGUGGAUGAUGCUGAUACCAGAGGAAUUCCCCAGACUCCAUUGUGUAUCCCUGACUUCCAUCUUAAUUAAGCAAGAGUCAGGCCCACGUUCGAAGCUGCAGAUCCCGUAGCACUAAAAAGUAGCAGUGGCGGGAAAACCGAAGUAGGGGAAAGGUCAGCAGAUCACAACGCUGAGGUAGACAAUGGCUGCAGGCUAAAAAUAGGACGGACCGUUUGGAACGUGGGCAGUUGUCAUGCACAAGACAGUCCUGACAGGUCGGUAUAAAAGUCGGUGUGUCAGCAGACAGCCAAGGGGUAGGCAGAGAGCGAGUGAGGAAAAGGAGAGAAAAGCAGAGAGAAGCUUGCCGAGCGGUCCGUCUGUCCGACAGCCGAAUGGAGAGCUGACGGAGCAGCAGGACACUGUCCUGUCCUGUCCAGCAGCAGAGGGAGAAGACGCAGAAACCCAAGGAGAACACAGCAGGGGGGAGAGAGAGACAGAGAGCACAGGAGAAGCAAUCAGCCAGGGAGUCCAUUGGUCGUAGCUCCAUCUAAGUCAAUGGGGCCAGAUCCCUGCUGGGAUCAGUCGGCCGUAGCGCUUCUGUCUUCAAUGGAACGGAUUUCCAGAAGCUCAGUACCUGGCCCCACUGAGGUCAGUGGAGGUGCGGCCUCUUGACACCGGCUGGGAUCUGGCCAGAGGUUUUCCUUUAGCUUAUUUAAAAACAGUUCUAUCAAGUCAAACCUUUCUGGAACACAAGAGCUUUUAAAUAAAGCAUUUUUAAUGAAAACUCUCUCCUGGAAAAUGUUCUUUCCAUGCAGAAAUUGCUUUCUACAGAAAAAUAUCUUUGUGAACUGU